AUGUCAAGUUACCUGUUAGAACGUGAAAUAUUGGGAUCAGCUCGUAAUAUUAUCGAUGCAAAUUCAAACAGCCCUCUACUAAAUAGUACUUACCGUAGUCCCUAUGGAACAAGUUCUAGUCCAACAAUAUAUGCACCGACAACACAGUAUCAAUAUCAGGAUACGAGUAAUAAUUAUGAGCCGAAAAAAAUUGUGACUGACCUUCAAGACCAAUUAAGACUAUUGAGAAAAGAUCUUGAAAAAAAAGAUGGUUUAAUACAAGAAUUAUCCACGAUGAGGUAUGCUGGAGAAUCAUUGUAUGAUCCCAUGGGUGGUGUUGAACGUAAUGCAUUGGAAAAUUCUCGCCGAGAACUUUCACAGUUACAAACGAGAGUAGAAAGUUUAACUCAUGAAUUACGCGAAUGUACAAUAAAAUUAUCAGGAAAAGAUGAACGUAUCAAUGAAUUAAGACAUGAAGUUGAAUCAUUGAAGAAAGAACAUGAUAUUUUGAAUAAGUCAAAUAAUCAAUUCAAAAUACGUAUUCGUGAAUUAGAGCAGAAUGUAGGUAGUUAUGAAUCUGUAACUAAUAAAUCAUCAGUAACAAUAACAGCAUUACAAAAUGAUAUCAAAGAAAAACAAGAACAAUUAUUAGAAUUACAAUCGAGAAUAAGAACACACAUGGAAGAACGUGAAUCAAGUGAACGUAAAACAGAAGGAUUAAAUAAAAAAUUACAUGAAUUAUUUGCACAAUUGAAUGUUAUAUUGGGACCGGAUUACGGAGUUCCAACUCCAAUGGCUCUAGAAAAUUUAAAGACAAAAAUAUCUGAUAUAAAUGCAGAAAAUACAUUACUGAAAGGUAGAUUAGUUAAAAUGGAAGAAAAAGCUCGAUCAUUAGAAGCUGAAUCAUUUUCAAAUCGUUCAACUGUACAACAAAUGGCUAAUCAAUUAAGAAAUUAUGAACAAAAUGGUGUUGGUAGUCGAUUACAAAUUGAUACAUUAAGAGGUGAACGUGAUGCAGCUUUAAAUGAUAAAGAAUCGAUUAGUCGUGAACUUGAGACGGUUAAAUCUCGUUUGGAAAGCGUACAAAAAGCGUGGCAAAAUACUAAACACGAAUUAGAUAAUCGUGAACAAAAAUUCUCAUCAAAUCAAUUAAAUGUUAAACAAAUAGAAAAUGAUGCAUUAUAUGCAAAAACAUGUUUAGAUUCAUUUAAACAACAAGUUGGACAAUUGUUAUCCGAUGGAUAUGUUAAAGUUGAACCAAAAGAAGAUGAAAUUAAAGAAAAAAUACAAUUAUUAAUGCAAUCAUCAAAAGAUCGAGGAAUUAUUAUCACCAAUUUACAAAAUCAAAAAGAAAGUUUAUCCAAACAAUUGCAAGAACAAAUUAAAUUAAAUAACGAGGCCGAUUCGAAACGUCAUCAUGCUGAACAGCAUUUAUUAGAAUUAGAAAAACGUGUAAAAACACUUGAUAAUGAAUAUACAACAACAGGGAUCUAUAGAGAAAAUCUAAAGCAUGAUAAAUUUCUACACUUUAUUGAACGUUUAGCAUCGAUUAUGAAAAUUGAAAAUAUUUCACAUGAUAUUGGUUAUGAAUUGAAUGCGGAUGUGAUAUUAGCACGUGCUGAACAACUGAUGAGAUCGGAAAAUGAUUCAGUUGUUGAUCAAAAAACAAAUAUUUACUCGUUACAACGUAAAAUAAAACAAUUGAAAGAACAAAUUGAAAAUAAAGAUUUACAUUUAGAUUUAUUACGUAAAAAAGUUAUUGCUCUUGAAGAAGGACGAAAUUCAAAAUCAGAUUUAGACAGAGAAAUUGAUGAUCAUGUAACGUUAAGUAGGAAAAUGAAGGUGAAAGUAGAUAAUCUGACAGAACAAGUUAAUGAAUUGAAACAUGAAAAUACACAAUUGAAAGCACAAAUAACUGAUAUUCAUAUGUUGAAGAGUCGUACAAUAGAACAAGAAAAAGAAAUUCAUCGUUUAUUAGAAGAUAAUAGUAAAUUGCAAAAUGCUCGUGAUAAACAAGCGGUAAAAAUUUCUAAUUUACAAGAUAAAAUGCACAAUGUUGACGAAGAAACCAAUCGUACAUUAUUCUCAUCAGAUAGUGCCGUUCGAUCUUUAUCGAAUGAAUUAAGAUUUCUUAAAAGUUCAUUAGAACAAAUGUCAGAUCGAGAACGACGCUUACUUGAUUUUCGUGGUCAAAUUGCACUUAUGCUUGGCUUGGAUGCCAAAACCUUGUCUGUACCGGAUUAUGAAAUAACGGCACGCCUCGAAAGAUUAUUAUCAGUUGUGCAACCAACAAUGGCUAUUCCCGUUGUUCAGGUACCACAACAAGAACGCCAUUAUUAUCCUUCAUCCCAUAGUUAUAAUACUCAACGACAUUCAGCGCAUACUCGUGUACGUAGUCCUUCACCCGUAACAAGGAGACACGAUACAAAUCAUCGGGCACGAUCAUACUCACCAUCUCGCAUGGGGAUCGAUCCUAGAACAUACUAA